AUGUCGAUCGAGUAUUUGCAAGUAGCAGAAGAUGAGGGCGAAGAGCCUAUAGAGCUCCCGACCGAAGAUGACGGUACUUUACUUUUAAGUACCCUAUCUGCUCAAUUUCCGGGAGCUUCAGGGCUCAAGUAUAGAAAUCCAGAGAAUAAGUCUGUAAGGGGCGUGAGGUUGAACGAUGGGCGCUUGCACCCACCACCUGAGGGUGGUUGGGGUUCGCAUAUUUAUUACUGUGUGUUUCCUAAAGAAAAUAAACGAAAAAGUGAUGAUAAUCUUGAAAACACUACCGCCAAGACUAAACGUAUGGAAACCAAAUUACGUUGUACUGAUUUAAUAGUAUUAGGUUUACCAUGGAAAACUACAGAGCAAAAUUUGAGAGAAUAUUUUGAAACGUUUGGUGAAGUCUUAAUGGCACAGGUUAAGAAAGAUCCAAAAACGGGUCAGUCGAAAGGGUUUGGUUUCAUAAGGUUUGCCUCUUAUGAAUCACAAAUGAGGGUAUUGACUCAAAGACACAUGAUUGAUGGACGCUGGUGUGAUGUGAAAGUACCUAAUUCAAAAGAAGGACUCAUUCAGCAGGUUCCCUGCAAAGUGUUUAUUGGCAGAUGUACAGAAGAUUUAACUGCUGAUGAUUUACGUGAAUAUUUUGGUAAAUUUGGAGAAGUUACAGAUGUUUUUAUCCCUAAACCAUUUAGAGCUUUUAGUUUUGUUACGUUUCUAGACCCUGAAGUUGCUCAAAGUUUAUGUGGUGAAGACCAUAUCAUUAAAGGUGUUUCUGUUCAUGUUUCAAAUGCUGCUCCAAAAUCUGAAACAAGAUCUAAACACGGUUAUGAUAGGGGAGGUCCCCACAGCAAUAGGGGUCCUCCAAGUGGUCCAGAUGGGCCGGGCGGAAUGUACCCACAAAGAUAUAAUGGACCUCCAGGACCCAAUCAAGGGAAUUGGGGAAAUCAAGGAGGACCCAGAGGCAAUCUUGAUAUGCCUAACUUGCAAGCAUUAGGCAUUACGGGCCAAGGACAACAAAAUAACAACCAGGGAGGUUGCAAUCCUCUUGGAUUAGGACUUAAUUUGGGAGCCCUUCCAAUGAACCCCGCGCUUGUUGCCGCUGCGUUGAAUCAGGCAGGCUGGGGUCUCAUAGGUAACCUUCAGAAUCAACCUGAACCCAAUUUCAAUCAAGGAUUCAGUAAUGGGCCCAACAAUAACAGCGGUGGCUUUUCCGCAGGAAGUAAUCAAGGUCAAGGUAAUCAAGGAGGCGGGGGAGGCCCGGGAUUUCUGAACUGGAUGAAUCAGGGAGGCGGCGGACCAGGCGGAGGUCAAGAUGGCGGCCAAUGGCCUGCCAGGCCUCCACCGGGCCAGAACCAAGACAAAGGGUUCUUAAAGUAUGACUAGGGAAGGGCGGUCGCCUCCCAAACACAUGGCGAGGUUAUUAAGAAGACUAUGGUUUAUCUAACUAAUAAAACUGAUUACAAAAGUAAUUUUAGUAACCAGAAGUACCGUCAAAAUUAACAGUCAUAGUGCUGUACAAGGUCAUCGUCAACAACAUUAAAUAAGAUUUUCUUGCAGUAGCGAAAUGCCCAUAUAGGAUUUUUUGGAGAGGUGAAUCUGCCACAUAGGUAUAGACAUUUUUCACAAAUAAAUUGUAUUUUACCUAUUUUAUUUUUUUGAUGUCGCCUGUUGAAAUCUUUCCUGACUCGUUGGGCACAUCUUUAGCUAAGGUAUUCUGUGCUUUAGAGCAUUUAUCAUGUUAGUUAAUUUUGAUUAUCGUUUUUGUAUCUGCCAUUGUUCAUUAUAAUGAAAAUUAUUUAUUUUUUUAGCAUGCUAAAACAGUUAUUAAUAAUAUCGACUUUAUAACACUAUUUAAAAAUGAAUAGAAUAUAGUUAUUAUCUUCAAUGUCCUUAUAUGCAUAUAAUAAGUAGGAAUAAGAUUAUUAUAAAGUUUUAUUAUCUUUUUUGUUAUAUAUUUUGGAUGAUGUAAUGUAUGUCUUUGUGUUAUUGAUUCUCUUAUUAGAGAUAGAUUUUUAUUAUAAAUUUGGUGUUGUAUAUUCAAGAAAGGUUAAUAUGUGGUAUAAUGUAUGGGAAUAAUUUUUAAAUUGCCAGGGAAGUAAAAGUGUUUGUAUUAUAGUUAUGAUGACAAUGAGAUUAAGGAUUGCUUUUCAGUUUGAGGCUUAGAUAUUACAUGUUGUAUGAUUUCUAUUAUUAAGUUGACAUAAAUAGAACAGAAUGAGUGAUU